AUGCCAUUGGUUGUGCCCAAAAUGUCCCAAUCAGUGCCCGAGAUUUCCACAGGAAUGAUUAUGGUAUCAUCCCUGCUGUUGAGGGUCGCGUUCUUGCUCUUUGGCAAGUAUCAGGACACCUAUAUGGACCUGCCGUACACGGACAUUGAUUAUUUCGUUUUUACAGAUGCCUCGAAAUUCGUGUUUCACGGCCAAUCUCCCUUUCUUCGAGACACAUACAGAUACACGCCGGUGCUUGCAUGGCUUUUGUUGCCAAUCAACUACUGGUUUGAUUUCGGAAAGUUGCUUUUCGUCGUUUGCGAUCUGGUGACCGGUUAUUUGAUCAUCAGGUUGCUCCAGAAAUACAGAAAAAGCGUCAAUUGGAGUCUGCUGUGGUUGUGGAACCCUAUAGUGGCUACCAUCAGCACGCGAGGCAGCUCCGAAAGCAUUUUAACUGUGGUCGUUAUGCUCUUAACGUAUUCUGUCCUGAAUCGCCAAUACGCAUUAGCAGGUAUCAUUACUGGUCUCGCUGUUCAUCUGAAAAUCUACCCAAUCAUCUAUAUUCCAGCAAUUUUGCUUUCCAUUGAUCCAUCCCAGCCGUUCUACCAGCCAUUCACGAAGAAACGGUGGAUAUUCGUGCUAACAACACUACUGGGCUUUACAUCGUUAACCGGUCUAAUGUACUACGUUUACGGCGACGAGUUUCUCCAAGAGGCGUACUUUUACCAUCUGACACGCCUAGAUCACCGCCACAACUUCUCGGUGUACAAUUUGACGCUAUACCUAUCGUCCUACAAAGGAAGCUCGUCGCUACCAUUUUUGCAGCAACACGGGCUCCGGAUUGAGAGACUGGCAUUUCUACCGCAGUUGGGGCUUUCGAUGGUACUGAUCCCAUUAAAGCUAGCCACAGUGAACCUCAUUGGAUGCUUUUUCAUCCAAACCUUUGUGUUCAUCAUGUUCAAUAAGGUGAUCACUUCGCAGUACUUUAUCUGGUUUAUGUGCUUCCUACCAAUCUACACUGCAAAUUCCACCAUCAAGCCAACUCGCGCUGCUUGGCUUAUUGGAGCAUGGGUCAUCUCGCAAGGGCUGUGGUUGUGGAACGGAUACCAGCUGGAGUUCCUGGGGAAACCGGACAUCUUUACAAAUGGAAUUUGGAGUAGCAGCUGUCUGUUUUUUGUGUGCAACAGCAUUUUGGCAGUGAAUUUCAUCAACGACAUGGCAACACAGAAACAAGCGCUUGUUUCCAAGAAAGAUUCAUAG